GGUUGCCGACACCUGUCGUCAUUGUUGGCGCCACAGUGUCUGCUCGGCUCUUUAACAAUGUCUCAAGGCGCUUGGCAGCUACAGACGGUCAGUGCAUUUUUGCAUGAUGACUGACGAAGUGAACUGGUCUUAGUUCUGUAGAAUUCUGUAACAUUGUUAAAGGGCUGACCUGACACUCAACCUGCAGUCCUCAUGGUUUAAGUAUAAUGUCCAUAGAUAAAACUCGUAAGACUUUGUGAUCAUAAGAAGAGUCGGUGAUUACACUGGAUGACUGGCACGCUAUUCGAAAAGAAAUCAAAGAAAAGAACCAAAAUCCAGAUGGGGUGUUUAGUGGGGGACAAACCUCCCAUUGAUCUCUGAACAUUGUCGCAAAUGCAUCGCUUUACCGAUGUCUUCAAAUAGUACGAGCAGACGCAAAGACGCACAAAUUUGCGCACGUCCUCUGACAAAUGACAGCCAUGCAAAGAGACGUCCACGGUUCCCUACUGAUGGUCCCUGCUGAAGGAGACUGUUUCGACGUGUGGCGUGACUACAUGGACCUGAGCAGACUGCUGCAGGGCCUGCGCGUCAGGAACCAGGUGGAGCGCACGGACGGUGAUGGACCGAAACAAGAAGAACUGAUGUCACCAUCACCUUUUUCAUCCCUGUGGAGUCCCAUCCGAGCUCCGUCACCUUCUCCAACUUCACCACAUCCUCCUCCUCCUCCUCCUUCAUUUUUUCAGACCGAAUACAACAAACACUCUGAAGGCACCAGUUCAUCCGACAACCUGUCUGAUCACAGCUACAGCGCCUCCUCCGACUACUGUCGCUUCUGCAAACACAACCGCGAGUCUCCAAACGUUUACAUGUCUCACAGAUUGAAGGGCAUGGACGGCAGAGUCACCUGUCCCAUCCUGAGGAAGUACACCUGUGUCAUCUGUGGAGCCAGCGGCGAUUACGCACACACACGCCGCUACUGUCCACGGACGCAGCGGCGAGGGGCUAAGGCUGUGACGUCAAAGUUCAGUUUUUAGUAGAUGGAUGUUGAUGAUUUACCAAUGUGUUUACAUGAUUAAGUUCGACAUGUAGUUCUGCAAGUCAUGUUUGUGACUGCCGUUUGAAAAUGUCAUUCGUUUUAAGGAGUUCUAACUGUAUAUAUAUAUAUUUGACCAAAA